AUGCCACCAAAGACCCAUCAAGGCUCGCGCCAGGUCUAUCUGCUACCUUUGACUGAUUUAGGUGCCCCAAAUGUCCCAAAUGAGUACAUCUAUCUCCCUGCGCCCACCGAUCCAGCCUACUUCCUAAGGUUCGCCAUCGAAGGUGCAAGCUCAAUAUGUCGACAAGGAAGCUUGUGGGUCAAUAUUCCUCAAUCUGGGGAGAAAUUCGAUCGCAAUCAUUUCCGCGAAUUCAAACUUCGACCCGAUUUCAAUCGAACCCUCGAAAUUGACAUCCCAAUCACCUGUGCCGGUGCCUUUUCCUUCUACACCACAUAUACUCCCCUCCCAGAGUUCUCUACCUCCAAGGUUGACACUCCCGAGCCUACCCGCACUCCCACUUACUAUGUCGACAUUGAACCAAAACUGGUGCUUGGAGGUUCAAGCCUGCCUUUGGAUGCCCUGGGCAUCUUCUCUGUGGUCUCCAAGUUUAUGGGGAAAUAUCCUGGAGAUUGGAAUAAACACCUCCGAGGUAUCAGCGCGAGAGGCUAUAACAUGGUUCACUUUACACCACUCCAACCACGAGGGGAGUCCAACUCUCCCUACAGUCUAUACGACCAGCUCUCCUUUGAUACGGAAUUAUUUCCCGAAGGCGAAGCUGGUGUUGUAAAGUUGAUCAAAUCUAUGGAGGAAGAGCAUGACCUCCUUGGUUUGACGGAUGUCGUCUUCAAUCAUACCGCAAAUAAUAGCAAGUGGUUGGAAGCUCAUCCAGAGGCUGGUUACAACGUCGAAACUUCUCCUUGGCUAGAAUCCGCCUUGCUCCUGGACGAUGCACUUCUGGAGUACAGUGGCCAGCUUAAGAAACUUGGUCUGCCGACGGAUCUUCGCGACGGCAGUGAUCUAGACAAGGUCAUCGGAGGCAUCAAGGAACAUGUAAUCAACAAGAUCCGCCUAUGGGAGUUUUUCGUGGUCGAUGUUGUGUCCGACGCCCAAGCAGUGCUUGAGGCAUGGAAGAACGGUGAAACGAAAAUCCCAUCCGGUUCAUUUGACAAUUCCAUAGGUGGCGGUCUCGAUCAGCUCAAGGAAUGGUCACUUUACGAAAAGGCAACCUUCCUGAAAGAGAAGGGCCUUCUCAAUGGUCUGCGUAUUGAUGGGCGAUACUCCCGAAAAGUCGAUCCAGCAGUGGGGUCCGCAUUACUGACCGCACUUUAUGGACGAUAUGGAGGUAGUGAGAAUUCGUCGGCGGAGUCUGGCAUCAAGGAUAUUCUGAACGAGUUAAACCUGCCAUUCUACCGUGAGUAUGAUGCAGAUACAGCCGCCAUUCUAGAACAAGUUAAGGGGAGGUUACAGUAUACUAGACUUGAUGCAAAUGGCCCAAAAGCAGGGCCAAUCACAGAAAAAACUCCUCUGAUCGAGACCUAUUUCGCUCGUCUACCACUCAACGAAACUACCCAAAAGCACAAUCCUAAAUCUCUUGCUCUGGCGGUGAAUGGUUGGAUUUGGGCAGCAGACGCUAUGAAGGACAAUGCGGGUCCAGAUUGGAGGCCAUAUCUCAGAAGAGAACUCAUACCCUGGAGUGAUUGUGUCAAAUUGCGAUACGGCAAGGGUCCAGAAGACAAUCCAUUCCUGUGGGAACACAUGACCAAAUAUGUGCAGCUGAUGGCCAAGUACUUCACAGCCUUCCGCAUCGACAAUUGCCAUUCUACUCCUAUUCACGUUGCUGAGUAUCUUCUCGAUGAGGCCAGAAAAGUUCAGCCGAACCUGGCAGUCUUUGCAGAGUUGUUCACUGGAAAUGAGGCCACAGAUUUCAUCUUCGUCAAGCGUCUGGGCAUCAGUGCGCUGAUUCGCGAGGCAAUGCAAGCUUGGAGUACACAGGAAUUGAGCCGAGUUGUUCAUCGACAAUCUGGUCGACCCAUUGGUAGUUUUGAGAUCAACGUUCCUUCAAGAAGUGCUGCCAAACAAUCCAAUAACCUCGUCAAUGGCAAUGGCACUGCUCCUACCACCAAGGAGGUCGUCAAGCACAUUCGGGAGUCGCCUGUACACGCCCUAUUCAUGGAUUGUACGCACGACAAUGAGAUGCCAGCACAGAAGAGAGAUGCUCGGGAUACCCUACCUACUGCUGCUCUGGUCAAUAUGUGUGCAUGUGCGACGGGAAGUGUGAUGGGUUUUGACGAAAUCUAUCCCAAGAUUGUCGAGAUCGUUCACGAAAAUCGGCAAUAUACCUCAAUUAGCUCCGAGGGUGAAGUCCACACUGGUGCGGGUGAAGGGGGCAUUGCUGGUGUCAAGAAACUCCUCAACCAUAUCCAUACCAUGAUGGGUAAGGACGGUUAUGACGAAACCUUCCUUCAUCAUGAAGGUGAAAUAAUCACUCUUCACCGUGUCCAUCCGGAUUCUCGAAAAGGUUACUUUCUAAUUGCCCAUACCGCAUUUCCUGGUAGUGGAAAUGGAAAUGGAGGUUUAAGUCCAGUUCACCUUGCCGGCACUAAGGCUAAGGUGGUUGGAUCUUGGGUUUUGGAAGUGGAUCAAAGUGAAGCCGCCAAAAAGGAGGCCAUCGAUGAUAAAGAAUUCUUGGUAGGCCUACCAGCUCGAGUCAGGAAUAUCAAAGGCGCAACGAUUGAAACAGAAAACGGCGAUACGACCAUCAAGGUUGCCGACUAUUUCCCUCCUGGGUCCAUCGCAUUGUUCGAGACUUGGGUACCCUCAGCCGAGCAUUCACAGGGAUUGGGAGCAUUCAUCGCAAGUGGUGUUGAAGAAGGAUUUGGUGAAUUAGAUCUCAUCGAUCUCAAUUUUCUUCUCUACCGAUGCGAGGCAGAAGAGCGGGAUUCAAGUGGCGGUCAAGAUGGCGUGUACAAUAUCCCGGGGCACGGUCCGUUAGUCUAUGCCGGUCUUCAAGGUUGGUGGAGUGUCGUUGAACCGAUUGUUCGGAAAAACGACCUUGGUCACCCUCUUUGCAGCCAUCUCCGCGAAGGCCAGUGGGCAUUAGAUUUCCUGAUUGGACGGAUUGAAAGAAUAUCCAAACAAGAAGGGUAUUCACGCUUGCAAAAACCCGCUCAGUGGCUGAAAGAACGUUUCGAUGCUGUUCGAAGCAUACCAAGCUUCCUCCUGCCACGAUACUUCGCCCUGAUUGUCCAGGUGGCGUACGAUGCCGCCUUUAGUCGAGGGAUCCAACUUCUGGGUCCCAGCAUCCAACACAGUCAAGAGUUCGUGCAAAGUCUGGCUAUGGUCAGUAUUCAGCAAACAGGCUAUGUGAAGUCGGGAUCUCUUUGGCCGACCAGGCUUGUGCCGUCUCUCGCCGCCGGCCUGCCUCACUUUUCUGUGUCAUGGGCUCGAUGCUGGGGCCGUGACGUUUUCAUUUCUCUCCGAGGACUGUUCCUUUGCACAGGACGGUAUGAAGAAGCCAAGGAGCAUAUCAAAGCAUUCGGUAGUGUACUGAAGCAUGGACUCAUACCUAAUCUGCUUAGCAGUGGAGCAGCUCCAAGAUACAAUUCGCGAGACUCUCCGUGGUUUUUCCUCCAGAACAUACAGGAUUACACGACAAUUGUACCGGAAGGACUAUCAAUCCUGAAGGAGAAGGUGCCCCGUCGAUUCCUACCCUAUGACGAUACUUGGUUCCCACAUGACGACCCGCGAGCAUAUUCCAAGGAAUCUACAGUUGAGGAUAUUGUUCAAGAGAUCCUUCAGCGCCAUGCAUCUGGAUUGUCUUUCCGAGAAUAUAACGCGGGUCCUAACCUUGACAUGCAGAUGAAACCAGAGGGAUUCCAAAUCGAUGUCAAGGUUGACUGGAAAACAGGAAUCAUCUUUGGAGGUAGCCAGUCCAAUUGCGGAACGUGGAUGGACAAGAUGGGUGAGAGUGAACGGGCUGGUAGCAAAGGUGUGCCAGGUACACCGCGAGAUGGAGCUGCUGUUGAGAUAACUGGGCUCUCGUACAGUGCCUUGAAAUGGGUUGCCGAGCUACACAAGGCAGGCAAAUACCAAUAUUCAGGUGUCGAGACAGACCAAGGUGAAAAGAUUUCUUUCGCUGACUGGGCCGGGCGCAUCAAGGCGAACUUUGAGAAAUCAUAUUGGGUUCCUGUUGAUCCCAAGGAGGAUAUUGAUGAUGACGUGGAUCCCAAAAUCAUCAACCGUCGCGGUAUCUACAAAGAUCUGUACCGGUCUGGGAAAGAGUAUGAGGAUUACCAGUUGCGACCGAAUUUCCCGAUUGCCAUGACCGUGGCGCCGGAUUUGUUCAGCCCCGAUAAAGCACUGAUCGCCCUGAAGGCGGCAGAUGAUUUUCUACGUGGACCCACGGGAAUGGCGACUCUUGACCCAUCCGACCUGAAUUAUCGGCCUUAUUACAACAACUCUGAAGACUCAACUGACUUUGCAACAUCCAAGGGAAGAAAUUACCAUCAAGGGCCGGAAUGGUUGUGGCCGACCGGGUUUUUCCUCCGGGCACUUCUCAAAUUCGAUUUGAUGAGACAAACUACAGCAGCCGGUAGAUUGGAGUCGUUCCAGCAAGUUACUCGGCGUCUCGCCGGUUGCAAACAGGCCAUCAAGGACAGUCCAUGGAAGGGGUUGACAGAGUUGACCAACAAGGAUGGGUCUUAUUGUGCAGAUUCGUCGCCCACUCAGGCAUGGUCUGCAGGAUGUCUAAUCGACCUGUUUCACGAUGCAUCAUCAUUGACGGCGGAAAUGGAUGAUUUAUGA